AUGAUUCUUGAACGGACCAAUUCAGCACUCUUUGAUCCAAUUCCGCUUGACCAAGUGCACACCAAUGGAAGAAGCAAGUUUGAGCGUAUUGAUUGUGGUCGAGUUUUCAGGAUCCCUUCUGGGUUAAGUGUGGUUGAUCCAGAUGAAGGUCCCGAAAAAAGGGGAAUUCAAAUAAAUUAUCAAGCUCCAGCAGAUUCUGUCAUUUACAAUUUUGUACCUCAGUUAGAGAUUCUAGAGAUGAACAAAUCAGACCUAUCGCCUGACUAUAGGGCCACCUGCUGUUUUCGUUGUUUUAAACCAGGGACUUUACCUGCCAGAAAUUCGAAUGUCAACGACAUUAAGAGUGAUCAGGGUUGUCAUCUUAAAGGAGUGAUGGGCAAAAACCUUAGUAUCAAUGGCGUUGACAUCAAGAAAUUGUUACGAUGCUCAGGCUGUCGAGUGGUUAAUUAUUGCUCCCUGUCUUGUCAAUUACAAGAUUGGAACGAGUUUCAUAGUAAGGAGUGUACUUACCUCAAGGAUUAUUUAAAAAAGUACUCUAUGGUGCCUUCAACAACUGAAGUUUUGGUCAAUCGUAUAUUACUGAAAUAUAAAAGUAACAGUCUUUUCAAAUUACAAAUUGACAUGCUGACUUCACAUCUCGAGGUUCUUGAAGAUGAGGUUUACAGAGGUCAUGUGGAACACUUGCAAGUUCUAGAGCAGGGUCAACAUAUACUUGAAAGGUUUAGCAAUGUCUCUUCAAAAUAUGCGGAGGAUCUCACCCUUCUCAAGAGAUUGGUUCUAACAGUAUUUGUAAAUAGUACAGUAAUGUACAACGAAUUUCUUGAACCAAACGGGUUAAUGUUUGAUUCGUUCUUUGCUCUGAUAAAUCACUCUUGUGAACCAAAUAUCUUGGUUAUUUUUCAGAAUGGCAAACUGAGUCUGAAAAGUAUUCUUGAUAUCAAACCAGGGACGGAGUUGACUACAAACUACGAGUUCACCAAUCUUCCAACAGCACUUCGCAAAUUGAACCUACGGAGUAGAUUUUUCUUCGACUGCCAAUGUCCUUUAUGUUUGAGUCCAAUAGACAGAAUGCUGGCUGUUCAAUGUGCAAGCUGUGGAACUAUUGCAGGGUCUUUUGACCUUGCUGAGAAAAUUGGAUCCAGAAAUCAAUUGAAAAUGGUCGACGGAUUCCAAAGGAAAGGACGGGCCUGUUUGAAGUGUUCAAGCGAGUUUCCUGAAACAUUCGAUAAUAUCUCUACUAUGUUUCAGAACUGUCUGUCGACUUUUAUUGAAGACGCUCAGACAUAUCAAGUGGCAAAUCGAAGAGGGUAUAUUGACAACGAGGAGCAUUUAGUAAAACUUCUUGGCUCCAACUUCAAAAUUCUGAGCUUAGCAAGCGCAGCCAAGUACAUCAAACUGAUCCAAAUGUUGCAACAAUGCGCAAUGAUUCCCAAUAACUUUUACCUCGAGUCCCUCCUGUUGAACCUAGUCACUGACUAUUUUAGUGAAUCAACAGAUCAAAUCACAUUCACUAGAUUAGGCCUACUCGAAAGCUUCAAUGAAUUACAGAAUAAAAAAGAGAAUGAAGUGAUCAGAGUUUUUCAAAAAAGUCACAUCUUGAAGUCAAUAGCGCUUAACCUGUUGAACCUAACUGAAAAGCUAUCAAAAAGUUCCAAUCAAACCAAAGUCCAGGAAUCUUACGAAGAAUGGUUUCACCUUGAAAGUCAAGCAAUUAUUGCGCUAUCCUCUUUUUAUUUUUCAUUGCAGGGGUUUGCACAGGUCUCUAAUCAGCAAUUCGGAGUCGUCAAACAACACUUUGAGGAUAUGGCUGUGGCUGGAUUUACCAAUUCAGUCCUACUGUUAGAACUUCUUGGAAGUACAAAUUGGUUCCUGGAAAGUUGGUCCAACUUGAAAUUUCAACUCAUUCUUCAAAAACUUUCUUUAUUGCUUAAAGUUCCUCAAUUAAGCUUAGAUUUUUCCACUCAGUAUUACAACGAUAUUUCCAACAUCAAUCUUGUUGGAAGCAACUUUUCAAAACGAAUAAGUCAAUAUCUGCGUCAAAGAAACAUAUCGAUUACACCGCAGAUUGUAAGGACACCAACUGAGAUAUCGCAGUUUGAAAUAGUUGAGUCAGAUCAUCCAAAAUGGUUGAGACAAGGGGUAGCUGAUUGCCUCUCGAUACCUGUCAGUUCAUCCUACACACUGUUACCCCAAUAUUUGAGAUUACCUUGA